AUGGGACCGAAGCAUGUGCUUUGGCAACGUGAACUGAAGAGACAAUCAGCUGAGCUGGUAAUUCCAAAGAAUAAGUUUGUCCUUGUGAAAUUUGAUACACAAUAUCCUUAUGGUGACAAACAAGAUGAAUUUAAAAAGCUGGCAGAGAGCUCAGGCUCCAGUGAAGAUCUUUUGGUGGCUGAAGUGGGAAUAUCAGAUUAUGGUGAUAAGCUGAACACUGAGCUGGGUGAAAAAUACAAGCUGGAUAAGGACAAAUACCCUAUUUUUUACUUGUUCCAGGAUGGUGACUUUGACAACCCCUUACCUUACACUGGGCAAAUCAAAGUCGGGGCUAUUCAGCGCUGGUUGAAGAGUAAUGGCAUCUAUUUGGGGAUGCCAGGCUGCCUGAAAGAAUACGAUAUGCUGGCCAGCAAGUUUGUGAGCACCGCUGAAAAAUCAGAACGCCAAUCCCUCCUGAAAAGGGGGCAAGAAAGUUUAGAAAAAACAAAAGAAACCGAUAAGAAGUCAGCUGAGCAAUACUUGAAAAUUAUGAGCAAGAUACUGGAGCAGGGAGAAGAAUUUGCUGCUAAUGAAGUUGUCCGAAUCACAAAACUGAUUGAGAAGAACAAAAUGAGUGACGGAAAAAAGGAGGAGCUCCAGAAAAGUCUCAACAUCCUUGCUUCUUUCCUGAAAAAGAAUAAUGAAAAAGAUGAGCUCUAGUAUGUUGGAGAACUUUGUACAAGCUGUGAAACACUGGCAGAAUCCUAACCAGUUCUCCUUACACAGGCAAGCUUCCCAUUGACUUCAAGAGAGCAGCAGAUUUCCUUCUGAUAUUCUCAGUUCUUUAGAAGAUCAAGAGAAAGACAUUCCUAAAAGAAGAAAAACCAAGUAUUCUAAACGUUUUAAAAAUUAUCUUAAAGCAAGAUGCCAGUAUUGUGUAAUAUUAUUAAAUAACAGUGUUAAAGUAAUCAAAAAAAGCACUCGAUUGGCCUGAAGCACAUUCCUGGUGGUUUUUACAGCUGUUCCCUGACAAAUAACAGCAAAACUCAGUCUCACAUUCCGUCUUACAUGCUUUAAAAGGUACAGACUUGGUGCCCCUUUCAUUCCCACCUUUUCCUGUUUUUUAGCGCUCGCCUGCUUCGUUCUCCUUAAUCUCCUCCUCCUCAUAGGUGUUGUUUGCCCAGUAGUACUACUUGUUGUCUUGUUUCCCUUACCUGUUGUUGACUAAGUGACCUGCUGUUUCCUUUUUCUGCCUUUUCCUUCGGUGGCUUCCGUCUCUGUUUGUCUUGGGAAUCAGCCAAAUGUUGGCACACACAGUAAAGACAGGUUCUCUGCAUAUCCGAACUUGCUCUUCAUCUUCUGGCCAGAGCAGCCAUUACAGGGAAUGUUCUCCUGAAAUCUUUUUUUGAUAUCCUGACAGUGAGUUAUUUAAGUUCAUGCAAGGGCCGAAUCCUUCUGAGGUGCUAUUACGCUUAGACUUGCCAGAGUUUAUGCAAAACUGUGAUUUUUGUCAAAAGCUUCUAACUUGGGCAAAUCCAGGUGAAUUUCUUGUGGUGGAAAAGCACAUCUGAUGCAUGUGCUUUUCACCUGUCCUUCCUAUCCAAACUUCACUUCCCUAACUCAAAAUAUGUAUGUGGGAGAGGGAGACAAUAAGGACACUUAUUGGAAAUUUUUGAGCGGUAGUUAAUAUGAAUGAAAUAUUUUUUUUUCUAACCUUGUCUUUGAAAAUGAUUGACGCUAUCAAGCUAAAGCUUCAACAGCAUUUGGCAGAGUUCUAAAUAUUUGAAAAUAAGACCUUAUAACAGAAAGGAUGAGCAUUAAUGCCCUUAUGACCCCCCUCUAUAGUAUUUUAGUUCGGGUACCUAAGUCCAGUGAUUAGCUCAGUCGUAGAAACUGUUAUUGCAUGUGGUGUUCGUACUGUGUGGAGUUCAGACGGCUGCUGUAGGAUGCUGUGCUGCUGAUGAGGGUUUCAGAGUCUGGAGAGAAAUACGUUCUGUGCGUUUUACCUCAAGACUGUGCUUUAACCUAAGCAAAACUGAUCUCCAUGGGAGCUUUGCUGCCUUUUGAAACCUGGGGUGGGUACGAGGAGUAGAUAGCCCUGCAAGAUAAAAUGUAUUAAUACAUGUUACAAUAAAAAAAAAAAUUCUGGUUCCAA